UCUUGUGCCAUGCCGCAGGGCUCUCUGACUGAUGUAAUUUAUGCUAUCUACUUUGCUAGUGUGAGAGGAGAGCGUCAUGAAGCCAGCACUCUUCAUGCAGAGUGCUCCUGUGGGAGUCUGUGAGCCAGCACUGGCUGAGCUACCCUCUUCCUCUCUUUCACCAUCUCUCCAUGCACAGUGCAAUUACCAUGCGUGUGAAGAAGACACUCAAUCUGCAUGGCAGUACAGUAUAAUUACAGAUUCCACAUAGCAGCUGUCAGCUGCAAAGUCGUAUUGCAUGUGAUGUCCCGCUGCAGGUAUCUGUUCUGUGGUCAUUAAUUAUACCCAAAGUCAGUUUAAAGGAAUACUUCAGCCACAACAUGAUCUUAUAUUUGUAAAUGACUCACCCCGUGUUACCUUGAAUUCUUGAAUUAUGCAAAACUUUUGUUUUGCAUGAAAGGUGAUGUUAACAGGUCAUAUCGCCAACCCCUAUCCCGAACAUGUGCAUUUUUACUAAAACCUCACUAUUCAAAACACUUCUACAUAAACAGUCUCAUGCUUGAGCAAGCAUGCUAUUGUCCUUUUGAUAUUAUGCUGUUGUUAAACGCAUCCUUUUCUUCAAAUAUUCAAGGUAACAAGUUGAGUAAUUGAUAAACAAAUGGUCUUUUCUUUGGGUGAAGUAUUCCUUUAAGUGAAUAUUUUGUAUGCUGUGUAUAGAUGGGAAAGUGUUUUGCUCAUGUUUCCUGAGUCUGUAUCAGGAAUCCAUCGUUAGACUGGACUUAUGGCAGCAGUAAACACCCAACAGUUGUUGUUUUUUUUUUGACAGGAAAAUUGUUGAUGUGGACUGAAUAUGUUUAUGUUGCAGGACUGCAAUCCAUUUCUAUGACAACAGAGACGGCUUUGGCUGGGGAACUGAAGAGCGCAAUGGAAGUUGACGCCAUGAGAACCAAUCAGGUUCCAGAGGACCAGGACGACAUGGAUGAUAGCUCAGAGAAGACCCCCAGCAAAGCCUCCAAAUCCCCCCAGAAAAGCACCAAACGGCCCAAGACCGUCCCGGUCAAAGUCACUCUACUUGACGGAACAGACUACGAGGCUGGAGUUGAGAAAUUUGCCAGGGGCCAGACCCUGCUGGACAUGGUGUGUGGCCAUCUGAACCUGCUGGAGAGAGACUACUUUGGCCUGACUUUCCAGGACACGGACAACGCCAAGCAUUGGUUGGAUCCCUCAAAAGAGAUUAGGAAGCAAAUUCGGGUUGGUUUCUGGAUCUUUGGAUUUUCUGUCAAGUUCUACCCCCCAGACCCAUCUGUGCUUAUUGAGGACAUCACCAGGUACUACCUGUGCUUGCAGCUGAGGGACGACAUCCUGUCUGGUCGUCUGCCCUGCUCAUUUGUCACCCACGCCCUUCUGGGCUCCUACACUGUCCAGGCCGAGCUGGGAGACUACGAGCCAGAGGAACAUGGCCCAGACUACGUCAACGACUUCCGUUUUGCACCCAACCAGACACGUGAGCUGGAGGAGAGAGUGAUGGAGUUGCACCGUAACUACAGGGGAAUGAGUCCAGCAGAGGCAGAGGUGGACUUUCUUGAAAAUGCCAAGAAGCUCUCAAUGUAUGGAGUGGACCUGCAUCAUGCUAAGGUACAGAGACAAAACGAUUCGGAAGGAAUUGACAUAAUGCUCGGUGUGAGCGCCAACGGUCUGCUCAUCUACCGAGACCGUCUAAGGAUCAACCGAUUUGCCUGGCCAAAAAUCCUCAAGAUCUCCUACAAGAGAAGCAACUUCUACAUCAAGAUCCGCCCAGGAGAGUAUGAACAGUUUGAGAGCACCAUAGGCUUCAAACUGCCAAACCAUCGGGCCUCGAAGCGAUUGUGGAAGGUCUGCAUUGAGAACCACACCUUCUUCAGGUUGGUUUCCCCAGAGCCGCCUCCCAAGGGCUUCCUGGUGAUUGGCUCCAAGUUCCGCUACAGCGGGAGGACCCAAGCCCAGACCAGACAGGCCAGUGCUCUGAUUGACCGGCCUGCCCCACAGUUUGACCGGUCUGUUAGCAAGCGGUACAUGCUGCCCCGAAGCAUUGAUGGAGCCUCGGCUAUAGGCUACAGUAUGGACCAGCUGUCCCAGCGGAGCUCCAGUGAACGCACACAGUUCAUGUCCAGAGAAGACCUGGACCAAGAGGGCAGCCUUGACCUGGACCACGAUCAGUACCAUUAUCAGGACCAGGACCAGUACACAGAGCAGGAGCUGGAGCAGCAUGAUGGUCAGGACCAAGAUCAGGUUCAGAGGCAAACUUGGGGUGCUCACAUCUCAACAACGACCAGGACUUUGGAGCUCAAGGGUGAGGAGGAAGGCUCGCCUAUAGACUCAAAGCCAGAGGAUGUGGCCACCCAUCGGCCCAAACAGGAGCAGCAAUUCUUGGAUAAGCCAGAAGAUGUUCUUCAAAAGCACCAGGCCAGCAUCAAUGAGCUGAAGAGAGCUUUGAGGCAGCCCAACAGCAAGAUGGCCCAGAGGGAGAAACGCCUCUCCUCAGCUACUCCUCCUGGAGGAACCCCCGAGCGGAAAGCAGCGACCGGUGAUGGCAAAUUGAUUGACAAGCAGGAUGCUUAUGAAGGAGAAGUGAAUACUUACUCUAAAGUGGAAAAGAGUAAGCCCUCUUCUUUGGGUAGAGACAUGUUGUCUGUGACACCUUGGACUGAAUCAAAGAUAAACAACUGUCAAACAGCCAGGGACUCUUUAAAAAGUCUUCCUGGGACAUCUCCGAAACAAGAAUCUGACUUUAGAGCAACAGGACGACUGGAUAUGAACACUGGGGAAAAUACAGUAGCAACAAAUUGGCAUCAUGAUUCCAUAUUAGCGAGGAAUGCCAUUCAAGAAAAUGGAUAUGGAUCUCCACACGACAAACAGAGGAGUGGAAUGAUCAACAGAGAUAUGAAGCAUAGUCAAUAUGAGCACAACAUUCAUCAAGAGAGAACAAAGAACUUCGAAACUCCGGUGGCUGUGGAUUCUCUCCCAAAAGGCAACAGAGGCGAUAAUGAGAGUGACCGGAGACAUUGUGAGACUUGGGGAAAAAAAGCCCCAAGCCCCACGGUAGCGCAAGAUUGCAAUAAAACAGCGAACUCACACUCCGAAGUCACCAAAAUAGUUCCUCUCAAGCCACAAAGAUCAAAGAAGUCUUUGAAUAAGGAGAACACAGGCGUCGUAAACACUCAAAGUUGGUCUGAUAGAGGCGUCUUUGGUGCAACUGGUGACGUACAGAUGACAAAAUCAAAAGACGGCUCCCCUGAGGCAGGAAGGAAAGUGGAUGAUACUGCUGUACUGCAGCAGUCUGCUGUAGAUGUUGUCAAGGAAAACACGGGGGCCUCCAAAUACCACAGUGAAGCUGCAAUGUCAUAUCAACAGCAGACUGUACUGCAUCAACAGAUUAAGAAUGAGUUGUUUGGACAACCGGAGCUCAGAGACUGCAGAGGCACUCCAGGACAAAGUCUGCGGACGAGAGGACAUGAGGACCAUUUUCAAAACAACUCGGAGUUUAAAGAGAAUUUCCUCUCUAGCUCCAAAUUUCCAACAGCUCCCCCUCGAACUCUCCCUCUGAAAAUGCAAUGGUCCCGAGACAGGCAGAGCAACGUGGACAGCAGCCACAUCCACUACAGAGCGCCCGGCCAAGAAACAGCCAAGUGGAAGCAAGCGGACACACCUCCCACACCUGCUAUUCACGAAGAACUUUUCAACGAAGCUUCAAGGGAUCUGUGGGAGAGACGCCUCGGCUCCGUCUCAGAGGAUGACCAGGACCACGAGAUCCUGUACCUGAAGGAGACCCACCUCGGCAUUGAGCGCAAAUAUUCCAGCAUCACAGUCAGCUCUACGUCCAGCUUGGAGGCCGAAGUAGAUUUCACCAUCCUCACGGACCUAAACACGGGCAUGGAGGAGUUCUCCAAGGGCAUGACAGAGCUUGGGGAGAGGGAUGGGUCACCCGAUGUGGGUCUGUGCUUUAGCAUGGACUUGCUCCAGCACCAGGGCCCCUCUGAACCACCUCCUGUAUUGGUGUCAGCCCCUCUGUCCAGAGGCGCCAGCAGCAGCCCUCCAGCCAAACACAUCCAGGCUGAAGAAAUCCGACCAGAGGUCAGACGGUCCGAUAUGCAGCCUGUAGUACCCAAAAAACCAAAGAGGUCAGUGCCGGUGUCGUCAUCAGUGGACAGAGAGUCGCACAGAGAAGCCAGCCGCAUCUCUGCCGUCACACCGCUGAGCAGGGAGGCCAGUGAUGUCAUGCCCACACCGACGGUGAGGAAGACGGACGUCAGGACAGAGACUCAGCCCAAUGGGUCAGAGGUCACCACGACCAUCGUGGAGUUCACGGAUCAGGAUCACUGUAUCACUGGCCUGAGUGAAGGUUCUUAUUCUUCGAGACAGAGUGUAUCCCCUGUGCAUAUGAGCAGUUUUGGAAGAGAGGCGUCGGGGUCGCCCAUCCUCCUCACUGAAAAUGUUACCUCGGCAACCACUCACGUCACCAAGACGGUGAAAGGAGGAUAUUCAGAGACCAGGAUUGAGAAGAGGAUCAUAAUCACAGGAGACGAUGAUGUAGACCAGGAGCAGGCUCUGGCUAUUGCAAUACAGGAAGCCAAGCAGCAGCAUCCAGACAUGCAGGUGACCAUGGCAGUUGUUGUCAGGGAAACGGAAUCAUCCACCGAGGAUCGGCACGGCACAUCAGAGUCCUGAUUUCUUGAGAUGAGAGCACCCCCGUUUGGACAGAAAGUGUCAGUGCCCGACCUGAAAUUGCCACCUGCCAUCCCUACUGAUAGACUACUGCCAGUGGCGCUCAAAUGGAGACCCUUGCACACAUUCACAAACACACAAAGCUGGAACAAGACUCCUUUAAAAUCCUUAUGUUUUAUUGUUAUUCAAGCAUUUUACUAUUGAAAUCAUACAUUUUCAGCAGAGUGAUUUUGUCAGUCAUGCUGAAAAAAACAACAUAAACGUCACUUCGAUUGGUCGACAGUAUGCCACCAGAAUUCCAAACAUCUGGAACAAUUAAAGAUAUUAGAUCUGAAUCCAGCUAAAUUCCCUGCAAAGCUCUCAGGGCCUCUGUAUUUAAACCACUUGCUUAAGUAUUUCUCAAAGGUCAAAGGGCAAUCUGUGCACUCAUUCACACUGUGGAAUAAGCCAACGCUCUGUGCAAUGUUGGUACCCAUCCCAUGCAGAAAGUAUUAUUUGGAAAUAGAAAAAAAAAAUGGUCGUGCACCUAGGAGUGUCAUUUACAUGUCUGUGCUGCUGUACUGAAUAACAAAAAAAAAAUAAUCAGAUUCCUGUUGUGAGUGCUGAAAAAAACUGCUGAUAAAAACCUACUGUGUGUGUGUGUGUGUGUGUGUACUUACUCUUGAUAAGAAAAAUAAUCCAUUACAUGUAGCUCCAGUCCUGUUAGAACACAUCUAUUGAAGCAGGGUUUAGUGGGAGCAGAGCAAAUCCUGCUUUGGAUAUUCACUCUUGCAUAGCCAGUCUAAUAAAUGAGCUUUGUCCCACCCCCGUCACCCUGACUGAUGAGGAUGCACCGAGUAGAACGGAUCAUGUAUAGCCAACAAGGUUCUCUGGUGGUGUUUAUUCAAGUGUCUGUUACGGACCAAAGCCAGAGCUAGUCUGAUCGCUAUACUUCCCUCUGUCUGUGUCACCGUAAGGAUUUUACUUCUGUAGAAUGUAUUUGACGAUGAUGUGUGAGUUGUUGCAUCAUGAUGGACGUUGAUUGGACUUUUUGGAGAAUUUUUUGCAUACGUGUCUGGACAUUAGAAGCUGUUAAUAUGCACAGUUUAACCAGUUGUAUUCAUUCAAAUGAUGACGAUGUAGUUUCUGAGCAUGCUGAUGUUUCAGAAUGAGCCCAGUUUCUCUCCUUUCCCAGCUUUUUAGAUAUGCUUUCAGAGUUCAGCUGGAUAGAAUACCACUUUGGCCAUUUUGUGUAAUCAAAACAUAGAGUAGGCUGUCCUAGUUUUACCGAUGCAGCAACCCGUUCUGUUCACUAAGUCACAGAACGGGUUGCUGCAUUGGUAAAACUAGUAUCUGAGAUAAUGUUUGCAUGAUCAUUUUUUUACCUCAUUGGAUUGUAAUUGAGUAAUAUGUAUAUUAACUCAUAAGAAGUAUAGAUCAGGAUGAUCCAGAUAUUAAUAAGGCCAAAUUGUUCACAAUCUGAAGUUGAAUCUGAUCUUUGACAUUUCAAAAAGGAGAUUAAGCUUCCUGACAGAAAAUGGAGAGUAUUCAUAAGAAAUAGGAAAUAUCAAGCACACAAUACGUUCAGUUUUGUUAUUCCCAAAAUUGAAUCACAGCACAGUGGCUUCAGAUUCUUCCUUCAGUUACAACCCUUUAACAGUUUCAUCUAAUUCAAGCCAUUGGUGCUGUUAUGUAUCUUUAUUCUACACAUCACUCUGCUUUUGAUUUAAUAUCCCAGCAAAGAAACAUGAAGUAGGCCUUUCAUGCUUACAAUAAGUUAUGGUAACUGAUAUUUGUUUACAGCUAUUUAUGGUACAACACAUAUUCAUUGUCUUUCAACAUGCUCUGUAGAAAUGGGAUUAUGCAUCGGAGCCCUUUUCUUUCAACAACUCUGUUAAGCGAAGUACAGUGUUAUGAAUAAAUAUACAGUAGGAGCAGAA